AUCUGUGGGCGAGUUUCUCCCUUCAACCGAGGGACGAGGGGAGAACUAAUCCACUCGUGCUUGACUGUACGUCAUUUAACGAAUAACGAGCGACGAGGAUUAACUCAUGUUUCCAGGGCUAAUAGCGCCUAUCCCGAACGUAGCCUAAAGCAGUGCCCAGUGGGCGUUACUUUAUUUUAUCUUAUUUUAUCUUUACAGUGCCCCAGCAAGGCCUAAUGCGUAAACAUAUUCUUCUUCUUUCUGGUACAGAACCAACUGGUACUUUGAGCAUUUGGUUUUUGCUUCAUCUUCUGUAGGCUGCUAACCGAGCUGCUAGCCUUGCCGAAGGAAACCCUCCAACCUGGAGGGCUGUAACCCUAAAAGAAUAUGUGUGGCAGAAUACUCUCGGUGGCUACCACUUCCCUCCGGGAAAUUCCGAAACAACCAGUGGUAUCCGUGGAUUUGAACUCGGAUCCUUUCGUUCAUUUGUUCACUAAACAGCGCACAUUUCUCUGCGCCACAAUGCCCAGUAAUGCCCUCAGCGGUUUACCCCUCGGAUUGAACCAUGUUUUGCGAUAAACCUGGAGGGAAGCAGUCACGACGCGGGGGUAGCUCGCUACGGCUACAUUAUCAACACGAAUACCUACGAGGCAUUCAGGCAGAUAAAUCCCGAGGAGUUUAUCGACACGAUGGGCCAGUGCGUUGUCGACAGUAUCAGAGAUGGCACGGCCUUGCUGGAGCCUUGGCGGCUCUCGAUGUUCCUGGUAUUCGCGUACUCGGAUCUCAAGAAGUACAAGUUUCAUUAUUGGGUCUCGCACCCGACUCCCUUCUCGCUGCCGGGAAUUUACUCGGUCGCACCGACGAGAUUCGCGUCCGGCGAGUUCACGCCCGAUCAAGUAGAUAAAUUGCGCGCGGGCUUCCUUCAGCUGGAUGCGAGGUCGAGGAACUUCUUCGCAGUCUUCGCGUCGAAAGAGGGUGACUUGAGCGUUGACGAUUUGUCGAAGGGCGUGCAGUAUGCAAAAUCAAACGAGAGAAACUUGGAGCAGGCAAUGGAUGAAGUAUACUUUGCAUUUUAUGAUCCUUGCGCAAGUGCAGAACCCGGGUGGCCCUUGCGUAACCUUCUGUGCCUGUUACAUAGGCAUUGCUCUUCGUACUGUUUUGCAAACGACGUCAAAGUUCUGUCUGUAAGGAGCGAUAGAGUGGAAACCGCAGUUAUAUUUACACUUAGAAUCAAAGCGGAUGGAAACGCGGAAGCUACGAGUAAUAAUUCUGAAGAGCACCUGGUAGGUUGGGAAGCUAACGUGAGUGGGAAAAUGGGGCCCAACAUCGUAGAUUUGUCUAACCUUAUGGAUCCUACCAAACUGUCGGACAGAGCGAUCAAUUUAAAUCUGAAAUUGAUGAAGUGGCGCCUUGUCCCCGAUCUGAAUCUGGAAAAGAUCAGUGGUCUGCGAUGCCUUCUGUUGGGUGCCGGCACACUGGGAUGCUCCGUGGCGAGAGUACUCCUCGGCUGGGGUAUCAAUAAUAUGACACUCGUAGAUAACUCCACCGUCUCUCACAGCAAUACGGUGCGCCAGAGUCUGUACACGCACGAGGACGCGGUGCAGCGUCGGCACAAAGCGCACGCCGCGAAAGACGCUUUACUCAGGAUACGUCCUAGUAUGAAUGCAGAAGCUGUGGUCUUGCAUAUUCCCAUGCCCGGGCACGUAGUCGGCCAGAGCAUGAUGGAGACUACCAGGGAAGCUGUGAGUAAGCUACAAGAGCUCGUCAAUGGCCACGACGUGGUGUUCCUGCUUCUGGACUCGAGGGAGGCCAGGUGGCUGCCGACUCUCAUGUGCGCCGCGACGAACAAGAUAGCCAUCAACGCUGCUUUGGGCUUCGAUUCGUACACGGUGCAACGGCACGGCACGCGCGCUCUUUCCGAUUCCGGCUCGCCGAAAUUAACGCUGCAGAACCCCGCAGGGCACGAUCUUGGAUGUUACUUUUGUAACGAUGUAACGCAACCCGGAAACUCUCAAACCGAUAGAACGCUCGACCUGCAGUGUACCGUGAGUCGGCCGGGUUUGUCGCAAAUCGCCGCGGGCUUGGCAGUCGAGCUCCUUGUGGCGGUAACACAGCAUCCCCAAGGAAUUUCAGCUAGAGCACUUAUGAACAACGACAGAGACGAUUGUCGAGAGAAUGUAGACAAUCCGCUGAUAGGAUUAUUAGGUGGUGUACCUCACACGAUACGAGGCUCGCUUUGGAGCCACGAAAUGAAGCUGACUGUCACGCAUAGAUCACCGUUCUGUACAGCUUGCUCGACGCCUUUGAUCAAGGAGUACCAACAGCGCGAUUUUGCUUUCGUUCUUGACGCUUGCAAUGUGCCAAAUUAUCUCGAGAGAUUGUCAGGACUUGAAGAAAUACUGAAAAGACCUGAUCUGGAUGAGUUAUGCUAUACAAUCGACACUUCGAGCGAGGACGAGGAGUCGUAAAGAAACGACAAUUUAAAUAAUGCAGGUAAAAUGGUAAAACGCGUACAAAGGGAAACACGUAAGUUUUAGAUAUGAGCUACUUGGUUUUUAUAAUAAAAAAAUAUAUGCAUAACAUUUUAUGUCACUUUGAAGAGGAGAAAGAGUUCAAAUUAAUCAAAGUUUACAGUUUGUAUAAAAUCAAAAGCUUUAGCGAACAUUGUUAAUAUAAGAGAGGUAUAUAUGUAAACGAUGAAAGUCUUUGUGCUUCUUCAAUUCUGUGUAACUGUCCAUGUAGCGCAUUUUACUUAAACUCGACGCAUUACGUAUAUCUGUGAUGUGUAAUUUUACUGUUAUCAUUGAGAUUUGAGUUAUAAUGUUUAUAUUGUAAGUGAUAACACAUGCUUGUUCUUGCGAAGCAUUAUAACUUCUUGUUUUACACAAGUAUUUACUUUCUAUUGAAUUUUUAUGAAAGUUUUACACUUGAAGAAACACAUGCACACGAUAUGUAAUUUUAAUUUAGAAUAUACAAACUACGAUCACGUUAUCGCGCGUUAAUGUUAGAAAAUAACUAAUGUGUUUUUAAUCAAUGUUUGAUCUAUGGAUAUCUACGUUUUAUAAAUAACACUGAUUUAAUCAAU